AUCCUUCAAAAAAAAUUCUGUAAUAAAUAUAAUCAGUACCUUAACAAUCCAUCCUCAUGCUCCCUCUCGUUUUAUGCUCGGACAAAGACAAAAGAACAUUAACAACUUCAUUAAAAAAUAAAAUCUGAUUUAUAUUCAGACAAACAAUAUCGUUUACUAAUUCUGUCUUUCUAUUUUACUCAACUUAGGGAAAUAUCAAUAACAUACACGUGAGAACUCUAUAUCUUCCAAAACUCAAUUGAAUAUCAAUAGAAUACGUUAGCAAACUCUACAUCUUCUAAAACUCAACUAAAUAAUAAUAGGAUAUACGAGCGAACUCUACAUCUUCCAAAACCCAACUGAAUAUUGAUUUGAUGCACUAACAUUUACCUUCAUUUUUGUUCAUUUAAAUUUUAAUUAAGAUAUUUUAAAACUAUGUUUAAUUCUGCCUGACACAUAUAUAUAUAUCUUUUUUUUAAGUCGAAAACUUAAAUGAUUAUUGAUAUUAUUUCUUAUUCACAUAUUUGAUACGUUUUUUUUUUGUUUCAAUAAAUUCAUCUUGUACGUGAUUUUAUUUGUUUAAAAAAAUUUUCAAGAUCUUAUUCUUGGAAUUGAAAAUUCUCUUCAAAGUGUCAAUAAACAAAUAAUAAAGAUUGAAUUAUUAAAUUUAUUUAUUUAGAUAUAUUUAAAGAAUAUCAUAAAAUUAAUAAUUCAAAUGUUUGAAAGAAGUAAAAAAAAAAUAUAUUUCAAUAAUUUAUUAUGAUUAUCUAUUGAGAAAAUCUUGUUAAUUAUAAAUUAAUUUAUUUUAUUGAAAAUGAUUUACAAAAAAAAACAUUUUGAACUUAUUUUCAAAAAUCUCUGCUGAUUAUAAUCUAAUAAAAAACAAAUCGAAUUCUUUUGUUUUGAGUUUUUUUUUCUAGAGUCCAAAAAUUGCAAUAAAAUCAUUAUAAAAUAACAAAUCAACAAUAGUAUGAUUUUUAUUUAAUUUCACAAUAUGUUCGACAACGAACUGUUAUUCCAACAUAUUUUUAUAUUAUUUGAGAUAAGAAAAUAUGUUGUUAUUAUUGAUUUAUUUGUAAGAAUAAUUUCUCAUAUAAAUGGAUGUAUUGAUUGAUCAAAAUUAAUUUCGGUAAGAUUUUAUUAUAGUUUCAUAUUAUCAUCAAUUGAAGAAAGUUGAAUUAAAAGUUUUUUUUUCUGUUCAUUUGCAUAUUUAAUUCAAUAUAUGAUUAUCAAGUUCAAUUGCUUGUGAGAAUUAUUCAUAGAAAAAUCAACUUGUCAAUGAUCUUGAUUAUCACGUUUUUUAACUUUUAAUUCACCAGAUGUUUUUUUUUGUUUUAAAAAUUAAUUCAUCAAUAGAUUUAUUUUAAAUAAGUUGUUCAAAAAGAAAAUGUACAGUAGCUGAUGUUGUAUGAUCACAUAAGGAGUGUUUCGGAAAUCACGUAUUCAGGUAAAGGGGGCGCCCGAAAAGCGCACACUUGAUCACUAGGGGGAAGAAAGGUCAAGCCGACUGAUCACCUGAUCAGCGGCCAAAAAAUCGUUCUGGAUGUUUUCCGAAAUUUUGCACAGCCUUGAGGAGGAACUUUCGCAAAGCUACCCCUCUUCCUUGGGUCCGGUGACGAUUUUGUAUGAAAAAUGAAAACUGAGGAGUCUUGAAAGCUCCCACUCCCCCUGUGUCAAAUUUAAUUUUGUUAUAGGCAAAUGGAGUUAGCUCAGAAAUUCCUAUUAUCCAUGUUUUACAUGAGAAAUUAAUCUAAGAAAUCAGAAGAUAAUUAACUAUAAGAUAUUGACUAUAAGUGGUAUAAACAAAUAUUUCAUUUCAAGUCUUGUAUUAAUCAAUUGCUCGAUUUAUUUUUAUAUUUCAGUGCAUACAUAUUUUUAAACUCUUUGAAAAAUGUUAGAUUUUGGUCAAAAUCAUGUCUCCUCUCAUGCUGUGUGUUCUAGUCACAUCAGCUGUUUUCGCAUGUGAUUAGUCAUUAAAGAUGAUACCACAAAAAUAAUUAGUCAUUAGGUAGUAGAGUAAAUAAAUCAAUGUGGAAAAGUAUGCCACCAUCUCAUAAAAUAUACUGUGACAUAUUAAAAUCGAUCUCUUCAAGAUAGGAAAUAUUAAUUUAAUAGAAAAAUUAUUAAAAAAAACAGAGUAAACCAUUUGAACGGUUAAUUUCAAUGAAAAAUCGAUGACAUGGAUAACACCUAUACAUUCAAGAUGGCAGCAUUGAUGUUGCACGUAUUAGUUUUUAAUAAUAAGAAACUUUACGUUUCUAGAAUACAGACCGAUAUCAGAUAUAUGUGAUAAAUUGUACAGAUAAGAUAAAACAAAGGAGAAGAGGUGAUAAGGUCAUAAAUCGGCCCAUAAGACUUUUUCCAGCAGGAUCCCUACUAUCUUAUAUCAAACGAAAGAUUACGUGAGAUAAGGAUUUUCGGUGACGAGAUCAAGUAUUUUUCCACGGAUGAGUAAAAAGUUUGCACAAGGUCAAUAUUCAAUGUUUUUGGACCUAAAUUUGUUUCAUGACUAAUCCGAUAUAGUACCUCUUCUCAUAUGAAAACAAUAAGAAAAUAUGAUUUUUUUUUACUUCAACUAGUAGGUCAUAUGAUCUACCAGAUGAAGUAAAAAAAAUUUUUGUAUUGUCUUCAUAUGAAAAGAGGUACUAUAUUAGAUUGAUCAUGCAAGCAAUGCAGAAUUAAAAAUAUUAAAUAUUGAUCUUGUUCGAAAAAAUAGUUGAUUCCAUCACCGAAAAUGCUUAUCUCAACGUGACCUUUCGUUUGAUAUAAGAUAGUAGGAGUCAUACUAAUAAAGGUCCUAUGGGCCAAUUUAAGACCUUAUCAUCUCUCUUCCUUUCUAGCACGGGAUACCGAAAGAUGCGCACGGUGGUUUUGUGAGUACUGUAUGAUAGUGUCAUACGAGGACGAGGGUAUGGGUGUAAGUGUUGGUAUGGUUGGCAGAAUCUGUUUUAUUUCGAAAUUUGAUAUUUCGAUUCAUGUGUAAGUUUCGUCGUGCACAUCUUUCGUAGACCUUCACAAUAAAAUUAUAAUGAAAAUCUUAGACAAUAAAUUUUUACUACUAUCAGAACUGUAUUCUAAAUGAUUUCGUUUAUGUUUUUUUAAAAAUGUGUUGAAUGUCAAAUUUGUAAAAAGUCAUUUAAAAAUGGUGCUGCACUUAAUGGUGAUAUGCGUUUACAUGGUGGAUUUAUUGAUAAACCAACAUCCUCAUCAUCACCUUUAAUUGAAAAUACAGAAAAAAAGAAACGUUUAUCAACAGCAGUGAAACGAAAACGUAUUAAUUCUCUAUCAACACCAAUAAAAAUAAAAAAAGAAGAACAAGAUAUAUUAAUGAUUUCAACAACAAAUAAUAUAUAUCAAUCACAAUCAUCAUUUACAAAUUUAUCAUCAGGUUCAAAUAUUAUUUCAAAACAUUUAUAUAAUACAACAUUAUUAUCUCCUGCACGUCCAUCAUCAUCAUCACCUAAUAAUACAAUUUCAACAACGCCAUUUUCUCAAUAUACAAUGAAAAAUCCCUUAAAUCUACAAUCAUCACCAAAACAAAAUCGAAUACCAACUCCAUUAUCUACACAUGUUAUUCAUCCAUCUCGAAUAAAUAUUCAAAAUGUAAUGAUACCACAUGAUCCAAUGGUAAAUCCACAAAUAUAUCUGAAUACAUCAUCACCAUUACAAUUGUAUGAUGAAAAAAUUAAAGAACCAUUAUCAUCUGAGAAUUAUUCUCAACGUCUACAGGGAAAUGGAAUAUCUUUACAUCAUUCAUAUGUUGGAUCAUCACCAUAUCAAUCUCCAUCACAUAUUCCACAAUAUCCAAUACAUUCAUCAUCACCAAUUCCAACAAAUUCAAUACCAUCAAAUCUAUUAUAUCGUUUUCUUCCAAAUGUUGAACGAUUCAAAUCAGAUUUUUGUCUUCCACAACAAAUAUCUUCACCAUUAAAUGAAUCGAUUCGUUAUACACAAUCACCACAUUUUGGUCAUUUACCUACACCAAAUCCAACUUCAUUAAUAAUAAAUACACCAAUAACAUCACCAUAUUCAAAUCCACCUACUAGUCAUUAUUCACCAUUAUCUCCAAGUCAAAAGUGCAAUAAAGAUAAUAAUAAAAUACAAGAUAAUAACAAACAACAACAAAUUAAUAUUGAAAAUCAAACAUCACCAUUAGCAGUACUUGAAAUUGUUCCUGAUAUUGAUAGUCCAAUAAAAAAAAUACACCAUCAUCAUCACCAUCAUCAACAAUAUCAAACAUUAGACCCACUUCCAUCAACACCAUAUACACCACCACCAAUGCUUAGUCCAUUUCGAAAAGGUCCUAGUCUUUAUUAUCGUGUUUUUUCUCAACUAGGAACAUCAACAGAACCAUCAUUAAUACUAACAACACUAUUUCAAUCAUAUACACCUAUUGGUGAAGAAUCAGCAGGUCCUAAAAUUAAUAUUGGUAAAGAAUAUCAAGCAAUUAUACCAAAAUUUCGUACAAAGUUACAAGAUGAUGAUUAA